AUGUUCUACUCAGAGGCGAUUCUGUCUCGCCGCGGGCCCCUGGCCAGGGUCUGGCUCGCGGCCCACAUGGAGAGGAAGCUCUCAAAGACACAAACACUACAGACGGACAUUGAGCAGUCGGUCGACGCGAUCAUGCACCAGGAGAUCGAAGUCAUGGCCCUCCGUCUUAGCGGACAACUGCUGCUUGGUGUGGUCCGUAUCUACAGCCGUAAGGCCAAGUAUCUUCUUGAUGACUGCAAUGAAGCCUUGCUCAAAAUCAAGAUGGCUUUCCGCCCGGGAGUCGUCGACAUGACAGAAGACCAGCUCGCGGUCAACCAGAAUUCUAUUACGCUCCAGAGCAACCACCUUGACCUCGAUGCCCUUCUUCCGGACCUCGACUGGGACACCACAGACUUUGAGGCCCGUAAUGUCCAGCCGGGAGGCCAGCACAUUGCCCGAGCAGCUGAUAUCACCCUUCACGCUGAUAUACAACUCGACUUCGACGACGGAGGUUACGGUUUCGACCUUGGGCCCUCUGACGGCAUUGGAUCGCACGACUUCGACCUCGACCUCAAUCUCGACUUCGGUGAUGGCCCGGCGUCGGCUGCACGCACACCUUCGCGGAUGGACGACGACGACAUGAGUAUCGAGGUGGGGCGAGAUGCCGCGGCGACGAGAGGGUACCAGGAGUCGAUAGCUUCCCACAUGCUCGGCGCAUCCGUGGUCGACGCGGAUCUCCUCUCAGUCAGGAGUCGGGCAGCUUCAGAAAACCCCUUCGGCGCAGAUGUCGACAUGGGCUUCGGGCCCGACAUGGAGGCCAUGGAUCUCGACCUCGGCAUCACAUUCGAAGACGAGCCACUCAGUGACCAUCCAUUGAGCGAGCAUGCUCCCAGCGAGCACGCGGUUGGUGCACAUGCUCCCAGCGAACACGCACCAACACCCCGCUUGACUCCUUCUCGAGACAUGUCACCACUCACCGAGCCCCCGAAGACUCCUCCUCCCGAACUGGAACUUACACCGAAAGCGGUCCCAGAAGAUGUUGCGAGGAAGAGGAAGGAGAAGAAGCAGAUCAUUGAUUCCGUGACGGAGCUUGCAGACGGUCCUGGAGGGCGAGUAGGCCGAGGUCGCAACGCCGGCUUGGGCGCCGCCUACAAGAAGGACGUGAGUGACAUUGUAACCGAACACCCCUACCUCCCUCGCUCCUCUCUCGUCAUGCGCCUCCUCGAAAUCCGCGACGACCCUCUCGCGCACUUCCUGCCAACCAAGAACACCCCCCACGGCAACUUCUUCUCUGCCGCGCCCCCCGGACUCGCCCCCGAACUCGCGGACAUGUUCAUGCGCCCGCUCGCGAAUCUGCAACCAGCGAAACGUCGUGGUGCGUCUCCCGAGAAGCCCCCAAGCAAGAAGCGGCGAGUUGACGGCAGCGUCGUCGACGAGGACGACCAGAUGGAGGAGGCCCGUCGUGCCGGCAGCGCCGCCCCCAGCAUCGUCCUCGGCAGCGAUAUCUACGGCCCCGGGAGUGUGGGGCCCGGCGCGGACUUGACGUUCGACACCGGCCUGCCGAUGGACGACUUCCAGAUGGACGUGCCCGAAAUCAGCGCGGAGCGCGCACACAGCAAGUCAGUCGGCCCAUUGUCGCCACUCUCGCGCCUGUCGACCCCGCCGCCAGACCCACUCAUUGAGGAGGGUGACGAGAGCCAUGCGGACGCCACCUGCCCCAUCGCGCUGUUCGACGACCGGGUUGGAGGCAGCAGCCAAGCGACACAGAGCCAAGCGACGGAGGCGACGGACGACGGGAAAGGGUACAGCAAGAACACGGCGAAGGCACUGGGGCUGGUCAGGCGAGAGCUGCAGCCAAACCCGGAGGAGCAGGACGAGGACAAGUACAUGAGUUUCAACAACAUGGCGCAGAAGGCAUCUCGCAGAGCUGCCGCUGCGUUCUUCUUCGAGCUGCUCGUGCUCGGCACGCGCGACUGCGUGCAGCUCAAGCAGGCCCAGCCCUUCGCGAACAUCGAGGUGCGCGCCAAGGACAAGCUCUGGGAGCGCCAGCGUCACGGAUCCAUGGCACCGUCCUCGGUGAACGGUUUCUCGCAGAUGCGGCAGGGAUCUGCAGCUCCCUCCAUUGCUACGGCUUUCGGUCUCUAG